AGUGCUUCCAGUACGCGCAUGCGCAGAGCCAGGGCGGGUUGGUUCAGCCUCCGCUGCCGAGUCCCUCGGACGAUGCGAAGCACACGACCCUCGCUUGUUGCGCGUGCUCGCUGCAUACGGAGGAGAAAGUGCGUACGUGUGUGAGCGUUGGGCUGCUUGUGGAUUUCCUGUCGGUUCUGACAUCUGUGGAUCUUUGGGAUUUCUCGGGUGCGUGUGUCCUGCGUGGAUCCGGCGCCUGGCCUGACAAGGGUGUGUGUGGAGUAGCUACGCGCUGAGAAACAAGAUGAUGACCACGUGUUGUGCCAUCGUUGGCCUGGUCUUCCUGGUCCUGACCAACCUCGCCAUCAUCAUCGCCUUCGCCACGCCUUACUGGAUCAUCGUGCAGCGGAUCAACCGCGGGCUGUGGGCUUAUUGUGUAGACCAGACCUGCACAUGGGUGUUUCAGGAAGAAAACAUUGAGCAUUUACCGGGCCAGAAAUCAGCAUGGUGGUUGGCGACACAGGCCAUGAUGUGCUUCGGCCUGGGGCUGGCCCUCUUCGCCCUCCUAGUGGCCACUGUCGCACUGUGCUGUGAGUGUAAGCGCUGCAACUCCAACCAUGCCGUGGCUGGCCUCCUGCUACUGGCAUUCCUGGUGAUAGGAGUUGCAGUUGUGGUGUUUGGCAUCAGCGCUAAAGAUGAACUCAGCGUGGACCUAGAGUCGCAGCAACGAUAUUCCUGGUCCUUUUGGCUGGCAGCGGCUUCUUCUGGCUUGUCGCUCAUUUCUGCCAUCAUUUAUGUCUGUGAGGGCAGAGCCCAGUAUUAGCAGCAUAUUUACUGCUAGGUGGGAGGGUUCAUGGUGUGUUGACACAUCAGUAAGCCUCCCGCCUUCCUUCAACUUUACACAUUUUUAUUCCUUGGAAUCUGUCUCAAUAUCUGCUGCUAUAUAUUUCUCACCUGAGGGAGAGGGGACUGUACAAGCGAUGCUAAGGUGCUACGCAACUGUACUAAGUGCAGGUCUGCUCAAAUUAUUUUAUAAUUGUAUUAAAAAGAAACUGCUGAAAUAUUUUAUGGCAGCACAUGACUAUCAAAAUCUGACAAAGGAAAACACAGGAAAUUGCAGAGCACGUUUAUUGUGCAAUGAUGCUAACAAUAAGUCAUGCAGAGCUUUCUGUCUUCCACCUCCAAAUAUGUCUUCCAUGGAUCAGAGGAUUUCCUGCAGUGAAGCCAUGGAGUCACAACUACAACCACUAAACUUCUGGAUUCAUGCACAGCAGAAACUGUCAGAAGGAACAAGUCUAAAAUAUCAGGAAUUGGCUGUAGAUAGUUCCUGGAAUGGUAGUCACACAAACACACACACACACUUGCAUGGGUUCAGUUGGUGCUAAAGCAGGAGUCGCACACUACAAAGUCAUUGUAAAAACACAUCAGGGCUGCACAAGAAUUUCUGGGUCCCUUCCAUCCAUAAAAGCUCCUGUAAAAUUACAAAAUCAAAAAUCUGAUUUAUAAGUUAAUGGGCACUUUCUUGAUUGGGAAAGAUGAAAAUGUGCAUGCACCUCAUGGUAGGUAAGUACCAAAAGAUCUUGAUUUAAUGUUAUGCACAUCUUAUGCCAUACAGACAUAUAUAUAUAUACACACAGAGUGUGCACUCAUGCAAGUGUACAAAAUGUCUACACUUGAACAAAUGCCUUAUCAUAAAUAACAUUAAGGCACUCCACACCAUGCUGUCACUGGCAUCACAACUUAUUUGGUGCCAGAAUCACAAAAUCAAUGUCAGGGACUGUACAUAUCACAUCACAUCCUGGUCACAGAUGACACCUUUAAAUAGCACCUCUAAAUCACCACCCUGCCUUUUGAAAAGUGGCAUUUUAGCAAGGCAUACUGGCACUGACACAGAUGCUCCUGCAUGUCUAAGUCAUAAU